AAAUAAAAGCUGAGAGCAUCGGCGCUUUUGUCCUGGACAAGGACUAGGCGAAGUGGGCAGCGCAGCGGUAGCGUCGGAGCUACGAGCGACGAAUAGCCGUCGCGCGAUCGAGGCGGAGGGAGCUCGAUCUUUUAACGUCUAAUCUCUCGAUGGAUGAUCCAGAGCUACAAGCCAUUAGGCAAAGGAGGAUGCAAGAAUUGAUGGCUCAACAUGGCAUGGGUAGUCAGCAGAAUGCAGAGCAGCAGAAUGCACAAGAAGAUGCCAAGAGGGAAGCAGAAGAACGUAGACAGUUGAUGCUUAGUCAGAUAUUGUCUUCUGAAGCAAGAGAAAGGCUAGCUCGUAUUGCUUUGGUAAAACCUGACAAGGCUAGAGGAGUAGAAGAUGUGCUUCUAAGAGCUGCUCAAAUGGGUCAGAUCUCUGAAAAGGUAUCUGAAGAGAGGCUUAUCUCACUGCUUGAGCAGAUUAACAACCAAGCAGGCAAACAGACAAGAGUUACAAUUCAAAGGCGUCGGAGUGUUCUUGAGGAUGAUGAUUGAAGUCUCUUCCUACAGUUUCUGCGUGGUUUGAGGAGUUUAAUGAUGAGCUUAUCGUUGUAAAUGAUCCAAGAAUCAGUAUCUUCCUGCAGCAUUUUAUUGCUUGAUGACAGUUCCCGCUACUUUGAGAUGAAAUUUAUAAGGUCAUAAUGCUCUUCGAAUUUAAGCCCUAAGCUUGUCUUUUGUAACUGUUAUUAUGUAAUGGUAUAAAAUAAUGAUGCUAGUAUUAUCAGUCACCUCUUGGAAAAGGAUGUCAAAUAUGUAAAAUUUUUGGUAGAAAAGGUGAUGAUGAGAACAUUAGGAUAUCUGAAUCGAGCUGCAAGGGAAGCUUAAAUUA